AUGAGCAACCCGAGGCACUCCACGUCCCACACAGUUCUGGUGGACAUCGCCGAAGCCGUGGCUGCCUUUUUGAAGCGCAUCGUCGAGUGCCUCCAGAUGUGCAUGGCGGAAACUUUCAAGGUCGAUCACGUCAUCAAGCAGCGGCGGUUCACUUACCCGUUUCCGCGUACGAGGCGCCAUGCGGCAGCGGCUCAGCGAGUCCCAUCGGGGGCGUCGAUUUCCGCGUGCAACGAAUCGGGCUCUUAUUCUCAGUGCAGCUGUGGCCCUGAGAGCGACUGCUGGAAGCGACCCAUGCCCACCCUUGCUGAAGAGGCUGCUGUAGCCCAGGAAGGGUCGUCGAGUCGCCCGCUUCAUGCCGACGUCUGGGAAGGCGAACACGUGCCGCCAGCCAGAACGCGGGCGCCUGGGCCUGCGCUAGGUGGUUGCCGGGAGGCGGCCGAUGAUGAGAUGAGGCGUGGUUUCGAAGGCCGCGUUUCCUCUCACUUCGUCGCAGGGAACCGCGAGGGAGGUGUCACGUCUGAAUCAGGGCCUGGCAGCCGGCACACUAGCUGGAUUUCCAUGCCAGCUGCUGGCUAUUGUGGAGGACCGGAUUUUGACUUAGCCACGGGGGGCAGAGUAGCGGAGCAGGGGCGCGAAGCCGACGACUACGCGAUGAUGCGCCCGGCGCCCGUCUCUCCCCGCUCUUGCUCUGGGUCGCAUCGUUCAUCAGCCCCUUCUUCGUUUGAGGCAGAUCGACCGUAUUCGCUGUCCGGAGACACAGGGCCGGUCUCCACGAAUCAGCAGUGCCGCAUCCAGCGUGGCGUUGCUCUUGUUCGGUCAGCGUCUGAAGCUCUGCCUACAGCCUCCGCCACACGCCACCCGCCUCAGGCGCCUCACCGUCAUUCGUUCUCCGCCCACCGCGGCUCGCACGGAGUUCUGUCAGGCCUCUUUCUGUUGCCAGCGCGCGCGGGAGAAGGGCGCCCCCCCAAACUCCCGUGUGUCUCUCCAACGGCAACAGCGAGCGCGGAGCCUUCGGGGUCCUCCGCAGCUUCGCGCCCUGAACAACAACGCCGUCGGAGCGAGGCGGAGCUGCCGUUGUUCGAGCCGGACGCUCCAGCUCAGCAGGGCUCUACACAGUCGACGCCAAGCUCGUCUCAAUGUGGCUGCCCCGUCGCAUUGCAAGUUUGCGACAGUGAAUCAGGAGGCUGUAUACGCGAUGCACUUGUUGUGUCCAGCGACGGCACGCCUACAGGGAACGAGACAGACGAGGACGACUUUAAGGGCAAGCGUUACAUCAGGGCCAUUCUUCAGUUGAUUCCGGAGCUGUAUAGUCGUCAUCCCCCCGUGCUUUCACUUCUUCUCCAUGACUCCCACCUCCCCUUUUUCUUUCCUCUCCACAUAGCGGAAGUCGCAGCGUUUGCGAGUCUCCUCGUUCAGCAGCCGCCGGAGGUGGCUUCCGCGCUUCGGAGCGCAUGCCUCCACGCGGCUCCGUCAUCGGGGGAGAUGGCGCAGAGGCAGGCGCCGGCGGAGGAGCUCGAGCCGACUACUUGGCAGUGCGGAAGACGCGCUGGAAGAAACUGCAGAGACAGGCGUGGAGGGGACGGGGGGAGAAGAAACGAAACACCGCCUCUCUCGGGUAGCUUUCUAAGCGCGGAGCAAACGGGGAGGAUUCGCCCUCGCAGAAGCGGAGAAUGCUUCGCGGGUGCUGAGAAGAGAGUCGACGCACAUCAAACGUAUCGUGCAGAGAAUGCUGGGCAGUUCGUUUCCGAGAGGCGGCAUCGAUCGAGUUCCUACGAGUCAACAACGCAACGAGAGGAUGAUGGCCUGGAGAAGGACGAGGAGAUCGAACCGACGCCCGAGGGGCUCCCUCGAUCCUCGCGUACUCGGUCGGUGCUGUCGCACGGGGACGAUCUGCCUAGAGUCACAAGAGCUGUCAGUUGGUGCUCUGUUUCCUCGCUUAGAAGCUGUCGCACAUCAUGUUCAGCGUCUCCGGACUCGCCUGGCGAUCCCCUGGAAGGAAGCGACACGCGAAGUCCCAGUCCGCUGGCGCCCUUUUCUCGCGCAGGAUACGACACACUGGAAUCUCCUGUAAAGCAAGCGUUGUGGGACGCAGUUUCCCGUUACACGUCCUGGGCCUCGACAGAGUUCUCCCUCUCGAGUCUCUCGUCUUUAGCUCGUGCUGCUAACCCCCUCAAGACAGAAGGAGAGGUCGUCGUGUGCCGGAUGAACUCGAGUUCAUCGCCAGGAAUCCGUUUGCCGGUGUCGCGUAUGCCUUCUAACGCUCCCACGUCCUCUCAGAUGAUCGUCGACCGAGGCGCAUCUGCAUGCAGGGCUGACGCAGCUCGAAUUAUUCAGAAAGGCGACGCGCGUGCUGCGGGAACUACACGAAGCCCCCGUCGCUCGGCUUCGUCUGGUUGCUCGUCAUUAUUAAUCUCCUGUUGCAGUGCGACCUUCGUUGAGUGGGAUUCGGUGCCAACCGCCACGGAAAACCAGCAGAGCAUAAGCCAGGGUUUCCAUUCAUCGUUCAACUCGCUUCCUGCUUCCUGCUCGAGCCGCGUGGGGAUUCCUGCUUCGCGCGACGAGGCACAGCUGUCUGAUCUCCAGCUAAGGCAGGCCGUGACGUCCUCGGUUGCCGUGUCCAGUUCAGGUGGUGUGCCGUUGCUCUCGGGAGCAAGCGAGCGACGGGUUUUCCCGCUGAGACUCCCGUUCCACAGUGCAGGGUCGUGUCCGUCUCUGGCGCUGCCUGCCAACAGAGGUGAAGUGUGGUUCCUCCCUGACGUGGGCGGGGACAGCCACUUGGAGCAGAAGCAGUUUGGGCCGCGGGCGUGCGGCUUGCCGUCUUCCGCAUACGGGCAGACCGAGCGCGAGCGAGCCAAGGAGGCAGGUUUCGAGACAUCAGUCUGGUUGCACGGGUGCAAGGAUGCACACGACGCCAAAGAGAGGCCUCGAACUGAAUGCAUCUGCCCAGCCAGUUGGAGAAGGGAAGCCUCUCGCGGUGGCGCCACAUCCGCGUCUGCUCCGUGGGUCUCACCAGAGGGAACAUCCGACCGCCGCCUUGCCAAGCCACCGGAGGGUGGCUUGGCAGGGCGGUCCAAGCCGGAUGAAGGAGAGCAAUGUUGGCGUGUCGCGACACGUGUGUGCGUGGCUCGGGCUCCAGUCAUUUGCCCAUCCAGCUCGUCGUUCGACGCCUCGAGGAUUUCGUGUCUGCCGUCCGCGGCAUCCGCAGCUGCGUCCGGGGGUGCCUCGUCUGCGUGCGUCAUGUACGCUGACUUAUGGGCUCUGUUUGCUGGGCAGCAAGUCCCACCUAUCCCCUUAUCGCAAUACGUUUCGCGUCUUCAGCGGCUGUCGCAGAUAAGCGCUCACGAAUGCCUGAUUGCUCUUCUGCUCAUUUCACGCGUUCUGUGUCGUCGUCCGUAUCUCCCGUUCUGUGCUUUGAACGCGUAUCGCCUCCUCCUCACCGCGUGUAUGGUUGUGACCAAGGCCUUUUCAGACAGCUUUUACACCAAUGCGAUGUGGGCGCGAUUCGGCGGAGUCACCGUCACCGAGCUCAAUCGCCUGGAGUACGCGUUCUUGCUUCUUCUCGACCAUCAGUGCUUCGUCACGUUGGACGAAUUCGCCGCGGCCUUCUGCCUCGUCAAGGAUGUCUCCAGAGCGCUGCCGGUGGACGUCUGCGGACUCAUCAGCGCCCGCGGACAGACCUUCCUGGAGGGCACUUCUGAUCUCCUUUCGAGUUCGCUUGCGCCGCCGUCGACAGCCGGCGUGUCACCGCGCGCUCACGCUACAGAGAGGCCGUCGCCAAAGCGCUGCAUGGGUUCUGACUUGGGUCGGCAAUACGAAGAGCUGGGAGCCUCGACAGCAGGGUGCGUGCCGGAGGGCAGGGCAGCCGCGGUUGGCGUCUCUCGUGCUGACCCGCGCACUAGGUUCGCGAGCGUAGCGAAGAGCGGCGAUGUGAGCAUGCCGUCACCCUCCGCUUCCUCCCCGACGACGGCUUUCUCCGGUCCCUGUGCCGCUCCCUCUCCCGGCUCGCCCCCGCAUGCACGGCUACUCGUUCACUCCCCUUCUACGCAACUGUGUCGGGGGGCGUCGUCCGUCUCUCUUUCCGUGUGCGGCAAUUUGGUGUCGACUGGCCUCCUGGCCUCUGACAUGAUGGACGCGUCGCCGAGCUGUGUCGGAGUCGACCUCAGCCGCCACCGAGGGGGCCGCAGUCGACUGUCUGCCUUACCUUGCUCAGCUGGCGUUUUCCGGCAGACGCAGCCGCGCUUGUUUGGGAAAAGUCCCAGACGGCGCGGAGGGCGAGGAAAGCCGACAUCUCCAACUCUGCAGUCUCACGCGCCAUGCAACCAAUCGAGACAGAGCUUCCCCAGCGGAGCGCCAGAGACUCUACCGCGCAGUCGGUGGCUGCGCCGGUCUUCGGCAUUUGGCGCUGCGCCUGCUCACCGGUCUUCAUGGGCGCGCGGGAGGCGCUGCCGCUCCCACCUCAGCAGAGGCGGCUGCUGCGCGGUAUCCGCGCAGCCGCAGCUUCCUCCUCGUUGUUCGCCGUCCGCUUUCCCGGCAUCCCCCGGAGGCGCGUUUGCGCAUGAAACGGGCACGGGGAGGAGACUCGUGGAGAGUCCGGAAGCCGUGGCACAGAAACGCGCCUCGAGCCGCAGGUCGUCUGGGCCGAUGGACGCAGGCAGAGCGAGUGUGCACGGAGAGCGAAGCUGGGGACAGAAGAGCGAGAGAAAGGGAGCAGUGGAGGGCGAGUCGGAUGACCCUGCAGUCGCUGUGAAGGGCGCAGUCGACCCCGUCUUUUAUGAGAGGCUUCUAAUACUACGGGCGUGCUCGCUUUCCUUCCUCCGUGCGCAUGUCAAACGGGUCGCGGGCUUCGAGAUGAAGGAGAGGCAAGAGGGGAGGCCUAUGGGCGAAGCCACCGCUGGGCGCGGGAAAGGAUGUCGAUGCGCAGAAACGGCAGCAGCGGAGCUGGAUGGCCUUCGGGUGGUUUCGACACCUUGCGGAGUGCUAGGGCACCCCGCGCGGCAGCCCAGCUCCACACACUCUGAGGCGGGGCGUGAGACGGGGAUGGGAGACGGAACUGCACAGGGAAGCGACAGGCGGGAGAGCGAAAUGAGCAGAUGCGGAGAGGAAGAAAGGUACCCGCGAGGCUUGCCCUUUGGGUCAGCAGGUAGACGGGAGACAACGUACAAGGGAGGGGGGCACGCUGAAGAAAGACAGCGACAGCUAGCAGAGGCAUUCAACUCAGUAGACUGGCGGGUAAUUGAGAAUCCGGUUGCAAGUCUUCUGUUUUCCUCCCAUCCAGUAAUGAACGCAUCGCCGUUUUCGCCUUGA